AUGCCUUCGAUCGGACAUGCAGAACACAGCUGGUCUCCAAAUUACCGCCGUCACAUGGAUGAGAAUCAUUCGAAUGGUGUAACCAACGAAGACAUGGCCAUCAAUCUACUACAAACCCAGAUGGAACUGUCUCUUAUACGGGAGGACUUCCAAGACCAGUUGUGUGAGCUCCGUCAGGCAGUUAAUCGACACUUAGAUGCCAUGAACCUUGAGGUCGAUGACGUUCGCGCUGCAUAUGUGAAGAUGGUCUUCAAGGACAACACACGUAAGAAGCUGAUGUCUUGUGUUGGGAUUGUUGGUGUUGUUUGUGCGUCUGUGGUGACGUAUUUGGUGUUUAAGUAA